CAGACAAGAUGGAGGAACGCUGCAGCUACGGGAGAACAAUGUUUGGACUCUGAAGAUUAAAACAAACGUCCUUGGGGGGGAAAUACGCAUAGAGAGAGCAAACGGUGGACAUGCACUGGAUGAGUGAGGUGGUCUUGCAUUGAAGUGGACCCCAUCACCCAUUGUUACUGCAUUGACAUUGGUGUGAUAAAUCUCUGAGCCACCAUGAGCCUGAUCCAGGAUAAACUUGGCAACGAGUUUCUCCGGUCCAGUGGUGGCAUGGAGUCAGGUUUUGGUCCGAGCAUGCUCAUGUUCAGCCACCUACCCCCUGUUACCAGCUUCACCCGCCUGGCCAGUCAAACGGUUAUGGCUGACCUGCAGCCCCACGAGAUGAUCCUCAAGAAGGAGCGAGACUCGCCGGACUGUGGUGGAGGGUUUAAUGCUGGAGGCAUGGGUGGUGGAGGUUGCAUUGGGGGGAUGAUGGGAGGUGUGGGCGAUUAUGUUCAUGCCAUGGGCAUUAAACAGGAGAAGAUUUCUGAACAUGAUUACAGAUUACCCCUCUACCCAGGGGGUGGAGCUGGAGCUGGAGUACGAAGUGGAGGGGAGUUACUGGAGGUGUCGCUGGGCAACCAUCAGAACCUGGUGGUGCACGACCUCAGCCUUGGAAACCUGGCAGGACGGCUGGUAAAAGAAUCCUCAGGAAAGAAAGUUCGAAGGUCAAAUGGUGAGGGACAAGAGAGCAAGACACGGAGGAAACGAGGAGAGUUGAAGUCUAUGAUGCUGGAUCCAGAUGGAGGUAGCUUUUCUCCAAACUCCAAACCACACAUCUGUGAGCACUGCAAUGCAGCUUUCAGGAGCUCCUAUCAUUUACGCAGACACGUACUUAUACACACUGGUGAGAGGCCUUUCCGCUGUACUCAGUGUAACAUGAGCUUCAUUCAGAAAUACCUUUUACAGAGACACGAGAAGAUUCACAGUGGAGAGAAGCCAUUCAGCUGUGAUCAGUGCAACAUGCGUUUCAUUCAGAAGUAUCACAUGGAAAGACACAAGAGAACACAUAGUGGAGAAAAGCCAUACAAGUGUGAUACCUGCCAACAGUAUUUUUCCAGAACAGACCGAUUGUUGAAGCACAAGCGGACGUGUGGAGAUGCCAUAAAAAAGGGCUUGGAUGGGGCGGAGGAUGAGUUGGGUGUAGCAGGUGAAGGAGACCAAGGCAGCUAUGGAAUCACUCAGGGUAACGCGGCCACACCUGGCCGCAAACGAGGCAAGUCAAAAAAUCCUGGAGAGGGGGGUGAGCGCAAACGUAAGAAGUCAGCCGGGGCUGUGGGGGUGUCACAGAAUCAGGGGGUUGAUGGCUUUGCUCUUCAUGACUUUAGCUCAGUCGGCAACCAUGGGGUAUCAACUACAUCAUCUUCUGCCCAGCAAAGCCCCAGUGUGCAUGGGGAACAUGGCCAGGCUCCCAAGAUGGCCUUCAAGAAGGGGAACAAGAAGUCUUUAGAAAAGACUACUCACCCCAUGAAUCAAUCAAAGCCAGGCAGCCUGGAGUUGCCUGAGGGAGGAGGCUUGGACACCCUUGGGCUUCUUCCUGGGUCUGGGGCCAAAAUGGGCCCCAACAGCAGUAACUAUGAUGAUGCCAUGCAGUUUCUGAAGAAGAGGCGAUACAUCCAUGCAGCAAACAGUGGAGGUGCAGGCACUGGAGCAUCAGACUACGACGUAGGCAUCAGUCAUAUGCAGUCGCAACCGACGGUCAUUCAAGGUGUCGUUUCUGGGGUUCUGGAUGGUGAUGCCGCACUGGGGCUUCUGGACUCCUCUCCUCUUGGAGAUAUCAAACAGGACAAGUCUGGAAUCCCAGAUGAGGUUCUGCAGAGCUUGUUGGACCACUACGCUCACAAGUCUGAUGUGACUUUUGACAUCACAGAUCCCCAUCAUGUAGAGCUACAGUCACCCGCAACAGAUGUCACAGACCCGCUGGGACCUGAGGACACCGGCUCAAGUCCCAACAGUGGAGACAAAGCUGUGAUCAUGAAUGAGUACUCACGCUUUCUUUUACAGGCACUAGAGCGGACCAGUCAGACCGCAAACUUCCCGUUGGGCCCGAUACCAAUUUCUGCCUCCAAUAUCACUGGACCAUUUCCUGGGCCUUGCCCAAUUCUCACAGACAAGCAUGUGUAUACUUCCUCACCUUUGGAGUACUCAUUCUCACAGCCUGUAUCCUCUUCACCCUCCCUGUCCUCUGUGCCAAAGUCUCACUUUGGUCUUCUAGAGGGUUCAUCACCUCCGCAGGGUUUCCACAUGAGCAGCUUGGAGCAGUCUGCACACACACAACAGCAGCUCACACCUUCCCAGGAGCUCACGGAACAGCUGGACAAACAGCACGCCUCCCCGCCACCAACUCAACACACCCCCAAUGCCAACUCCUAUCAGAUCACACCUCAGCCUCCUGAUCUGGGCAGUCAGAAGGAUCCACAAGGGCCGAAAAACGGAGCCACAGCCACCACCGGAGGAUUCUCCCUGGCCACAUCGCAGGAUCUGGCAACCCUGGACCCAGCCAAGGUUCCUUAUCAGAUCGAAAACUUUGCCCAGGCUUUUGGGGUGCAGUUUAAAGGGGGGCGAGUGCCCCUGGCCUUCAGCAGUGACUCGGGGGUAGAAGUUAAUCACCGCAUACAGACACCAGUCUCCGAAUUCUCAGGGUAUAGCAGUCUCUUGGCUGAUGCCAGUGACCCGGUCAGCACUGGCUCCAAAACCCCAACAACCCAAAGCUACAGGUGAAUGGGCUUCUGUGCCUAGAUGCUCAGAUGGAGGUUCCCCAUUUUAGUUUUUUGUCAUGCUGUUUUAUUUUAUUUUGUAUUAUUAAUAUUAUUAUUAUUGUUGUUAUUAUUGUUGUUGUUAUUUAGU